AAGACUGGCGACAAAGUACCUACUGUUAUCGAGAGAGUCCUUAAAAUUAAUAAUUGUCAAUAAAUAAUCUAAGAGUGAUAAAGAGUGAGUGAAUUUUAAUACUCACACGAGAAGAUAAAAAUUUGCUACGCAACAAUGGCUAGAGAAGCGUCUAACCAUCCUUAAUAUCAGCUUUAAUUUGUUGGUCAGAAAUUAACUUUCAUUUUUCUGAUUUCUUUCCUAGUUUUUCCUUAUAAGUUCUUUCUAUUUCAUGGGCAUGAUCUUCCUUUUCUUUAAUUUGAGUUCAAUUCGUUUCGCUCAGAUUUUAAUUGACGAACUUUUUUUUCCAACUCAACCUAAUCCAGUAAUCAUUUCAUCGUUAUUAUCACACUCAUUUUUACAUUCAAGAUACUCAGCUUCUUUUGCUUCCAAUUUGUUUUUCAAUUCACCCUUUGCUCCUUUAAUUUUUUAUUCUCUUCUUCCAUGACACGAAUUCUUUUUUCGGCCGUUUUUGAAUUUCCUCACUAAAUGUGGCUUCAAGUUCAAAGGAUGCAUCCGCAAGUUUGUUAACCCUGCUUCAUAUGAUUCGAAUGCGUUUACCGACCUUUGCGUCAUUUUCUAGUAUAUAAAUAGAUCACUUCACUAAUUUUGUCGUGAAUUAUUUGAUCAGGUAUAACAUUGUCUUCCUCCAAUCUUCUCAUUAUUUCAGCAUCACACUUCUUGAACUAAAAGAAUAAAAGAAAAUAAAGAAUUUAAAGAAAUAAAAUAAAAAUUAUAAGAAAAAAAUAAAGAAUAAAGAAUUUAAGAAUAAAAUAAAAAUUAAAAACAAAAAAAAAUAAAUACUAGUAGAAAUAUAAAGAAUUAAUAAAAAGAUAAAAGAAAAGAAAAUAAAAAAAUAUAA